AUGAACGUAGGAAUCAGGCCAGGAAUCACGAUCAGGUUUGCAUUCUUAGACUCUGGCUGUCUAAGUGGAAGAGUGCGAUGGAAGGCUGAGUGGGAAGAUAAGAUUUUCAAGCAGAAGCAAAAAGAAGAGCAGAAGAAGCUCGAGGAGCUAAAAGCGAAGGCGGCGGGGAAGGGCCCCCUGGCCUCAGGUGGAAUUAAGAAAUCUGGCAAGAAGUAAGGUGCUCCUUGUGUCUGGAGCAUGGCGACCACCCUGGAUUCCUUUCCUAUUUAAACAUCUGGAUUCCCCACCGUAGCAGCUACAGCUAGAAUGAAGUGUUGUCUUAGAGCGU